CCAAUACCCAGUACGAACCAGAACCAGUGCGGCUGGAGUGGGUCCAGCAGUCGGGGCUGUAAACGACACACGCCGCCUAGCGAUGAGAAGAGGAACUUGGUACUCUGCGAAAAGAAAGCCUGGCGGGAUCUCCAGUGGAAAACAGCGUUCAGUCACAUUUCAGGAGGGGGAAAAGUGGUGGUCUGUUGAAAGGGGUGCAUGUGUGAAACAAAGACAAAGGCAGAGCGGGAACAGCUAGACGGGGUGUGAACGCGCGCACUGCCGCACCGCGCGCUGCUUUUGUGCUGUGUGUGCUCGUAACAGUGCUGCGUUGCGGGAGUGAUGGGGAGGAAGGCGAGAGGGGUUUCGUGUGCAGCGGCUGCUCAGUCCUGAGUGCUGAAGGAAGGAGGAGAGAGGAGAGGAGGACGGAGAGGAGCUCUGAGGCUCCACACUGCGGGCUCUGCGGCCACUUCUGGAGGAAUCCGCUACGGCUCAGGAAGGCGUCAGCUGCACCAGCAGGUAUGGGCUAUGAGGCACACUGCAGCGCCGCAAUGAGAAGCGUGUGGGUCACUGCCGUCUUCAUCUCCUUCACAUGGCGUCUCAGCUUCUGCCAGACGGCCACAGGGACUCCUAAUGAGGCAGAGCUAAAUGACAACAUCACAGUUUUCACACGCAUCCUGGACGGGCUGCUGGAUGGCUAUGAUAACAGGCUGCGACCGGGUCUGGGAGAAAAGGUGACAGAGAUUAAGACCAACAUCUUUGUCACCAGCUUUGGCCCUGUGUCGGACACUGAGAUGGAGUACACAAUUGAUGUGUUUUUCCGCCAAAGUUGGAAGGACGAGCGCUUGCGCUUUAAGGGGCCCAUGGGGAUGCUGCCUCUGAACAACCUGCUGGCUAGUAACAUCUGGACCCCCGACACCUUCUUCUUGAACGGCAAGAAAUCCAUUGCUCACAACAUGACCACACCCAACAAACUGCUGAGGCUGCAAGACGACGGCACACUGCUCUACACUAUGAGGCUGACUAUUUCUGCUGAAUGUCCAAUGCAGCUGGAAGAUUUCCCUAUGGAUGCUCAUGCCUGUCCCCUCAAGUUCGGAAGCUAUGCCUACCCGAUCUCAGAGGUUGUGUAUAAGUGGACCCAGGGCCCAGCCAAGUCUGUGGUUGUGGCGGAAGAAGGUUCUCGACUUAACCAGUACCAUCUGAUUGGCCAGACAGCCGGCACUCAGGACAUCAGCACCAGCAGAGGUCAAUACACGGUAAUGAUGGCCCACUUCUACCUGAAGAGGAAGAUUGGUUAUUUUGUAAUUCAGACCUACAUGCCCUGCUUCAUGACGGUCAUCCUGUCCCAGGUGUCCUUCUGGCUCAACCGCGAGUCUGUGCCUGCCAGGACAGUUUUUGGUGUGACCACUGUAUUGACCAUGACCACGCUCAGUAUCAGUGCUCGGAACUCUCUGCCCAAGGUAGCCUAUGCCACAGCCAUGGAUUGGUUUAUCGCCGUGUGUUACGCCUUCGUCUUCUCUGCCCUUAUUGAGUUUGCCACAGUCAACUACUUCACCAAACGCAGCUGGGCCUGGGACGGCAAGAAAGCCAUGGAGGCUCAACAGCCCAAAAAAAAAGAUCCAUUGGCACUAUCAAAGAAGGCCAACAAUGCCUGCUCCACUGGAGUGAACUUCACGGCUAACAUCAACAAGGACGCCGCCAUUGCCACCAUUUCCAACAGCACGGCUGUUCAGAUGAAGUGCGCCGAGACCAAGCCAGCACUGGACCCCAAAAAGACCUACAACAGCGUCAGCAAGAUCGACAAGAUGUCCCGGAUAGUAUUCCCCGUCCUCUUCGGCACCUUCAACCUGGUCUACUGGGCCACGUACCUCAACAGGGAACCGGUCAUCAAAACAAAUGUUUGACCCAUGCAGAACGGCCACCACCACCUGACCUUUCCACCAUUUUUUUCCCCUUCAUGUCUUUCUUCUCUCCAUUCUGCCAGUCAUGACCACCAAGAACUGAACCUGCGAGGAACAAAAAUGAUUUAUUCACUCCACAGCUUAUCCAAAAGCCUGUACUCUUUCCCUUCUGUGUUCAAAGAUUGCAUGAUUGAUUCAAAGCUCUGUGGGAAUACUAUCGCCAUAUCUGCCUUGACUUUCUACUGUAUAUUACUCUUCUACUAGGAUUUCAUAGGUGAUGUUGCAUUUAUCUUCUAUUCUAAUGUACUAUACAAAAGCAAGGAUUUCACUCAUAACUAAUCAAGUUUCAAACUUUCAAAAAUGAUAAGACAAAAACUAUUACGCAUUUGGCUUCCACAUCUAUCAGUGAGUCAAAUAAAUGUACAUAAUUCCAAGUACAGCAAUGCCAAAUGCAACGCAAAAAAAAAGUUUUUUUUCUACUGUAUCAAUGCUUAUCUUGAAAACCUUGCUUUGUACGAAUGAGCUCGAGGCUUCUAGUGUUUAAGUUGUAGCUUGAGCAUUUUGAAGCAGCGAGUGGCGAUGCAAAGCGGACAAAUAGCCAUGCUAAAAGUGUUGCCUUCAGAGAGACAAUACCGUAAGAGUGCACUGAAAUCUCCAGCGAUUACCUUUUUAAAAACAAUCUUGAGUCCUACUUUCAUUUUACUCAUCUUUGUUAUAGCUUAAAGCCAUUUUUGAAGUAAGCGGGCUGACUUGCAUUGCGCCCCCUAGUGGCAGCUUUUGAAACUUUGCUCUUUAAUACUGCAGUAUGUGGAGUAAAGAAGGUCGGGUUGCAGUUAAGACUUUCAAAUCACUUGUAUAUAGGCUGUGUAUGCUUUGCUUUAAUGUCAGCUCUUGACCCUCUGGGGAAGAACUGAAAAUUAUGCUAUGACGCUAUGCUAAUGUGCAGCUAAAUAAACAUAAAUGUAAGCUAGACCUCGAGUCGCGGAACUGCAGAUUGAUUAGCGUGAUUAGCUUGAGCUUUGAUAGAUUAUGGCAUUUCUUUCCUGUUGCCACGUUGCCAGUCCUCUUAAUGUAAGCUUUGCCAUAUUCAUUAAGUUGUUGUUUUUCCUACCUAUAUUGAUAUGAAUUGCUUAUGAACUUAUUUAAUGUAGAGUAGCUUUCAAUGCUUUUUCUUUCCCCCCGUGUUGUGAUUUGGUCAGAGGGUUAUGGCUUUCUGCAGCUGGACAGAGGGUUCUGAAAAGGCUUGGGGUAAUUUUAGAGACUUUCUGUCAGGCAUAAAGUCAGAACUGAAAGAAAACAGAGAGCGCUACUGUCAGAUCUCAAGCAAAUGUCCAGAAGUGGGUAGCAAAGCCUGACACAUACUCAAGUGAAAAGUAUUGUUACUAAGUCUGUGACAGUUAUUGAUCGCAGCUUUUGGACAUGAUUGCAGUUAUUUUAGCCGACCACAAUUAUUUUCCACAGUUCUUAGCUUUCAGAAUCAUGUGUUUACUUCUCAACAAACAGGAUGUUAAAUUGGCGCUGUAAAUAAAAGGAAACUGAAAACGUAUUGGAAAAUGCGUCAUACGUCUUACAAAAACAGCAAAGGUUUUUCUGACUAUGACCUUUAAAGGCAGCAGUAAAUAGUGUUUGUUCAUUUGAGCUUGAGCUGUGCCUUUCGUCAAUUGGGAGCUACUAGCUAAGCAUUGACAGCUACGAAGUAAGACAGCUAAUCAGACAAUUUUUGCCUCUUUAGGCUUGUAUCUCAGUAGUUGAGUGCAACAAACAAACAAAAAAGCCAGCUAUUAAUCUUAAUUACACAGCACUUAAUCAUCAGCUAAAUGAUCUUGAUCCUGACAGGCCUAACUGUUACAUCAAUGACGUAAUGACUCAGGUAGAAGUAAAAGUAGCCUAGCCUAGAGUUUAAAAAAAAGUAUCAGGUCCCCUCAAAUACUGAGCUCCCUAUAGAACUGCAGUGGAACAUCUUAGUAGAUCCAGCAUCUAUCAGCAUGGGAAUAUCUGUUAUUUUCAGUUGUGCUAUUCUUCUUUAUGUCUAAUAUAAAAUGCUGAAGCAAAAGCUGUGAGCAACAGCAAAGCAGUCUAGGUGCUCAACCAUUAGAACAGAAAGAAUAAAAUCAUAUGUACAAGUUUGGGCCCCAAGAUCCAAUACAGUUACAUAUAUUGUUAAUUUUCUAAGCAAAAAAAAAGUACACAUCCUCUACAGAGAACACACCUCUUCUCACGUAAAUGCACAGUUACUGUUUAUUGGCUGAAUUUAACAUAUUGGAAAAAAAUGUAAUGUGGCACAUUUAUUUUAUUCAGUAUUGAAAUUAACAAAUACAUAUCAACUACAGUCUAAACACAGUUGUCACUUAGAAAAUCAAGACAAAUUGUAAUUUGACCAGGGGUGUCUUAACUUAUAUAUAAUGUGAAAGGUUAAGGUGGAACUGAGAUAUUCAUUUCCACACAAAUAUACCUGAAUAGAAGCAAAGGUUUAACUAUUUAAAAAGACUCAGACAUAUAAAUGUAAUCAAGUAAGUGUAAUUAGUUACUACCCACUGCAAAUGGCCAAAGUACAUAUUUAUGCAGUACUGAGGCUGAACAUGGAUAGAAUAACUGCAGAGAUCAAAAAAGGUGUAUGUAUGCCCUUCCGAGAACAAAAGAUAGAGAGAGAGAGAGAGAGAGAGAGAGAGAGAGAGAGAGAGAGAGAGAGAGAGAGAGAGAGAGAGAGAGAGAAUUGAGCUAUGAAGGUGAAAGUGAUGCUGAAGUGUGAUGACACCUCUGCGGGCGCUUGGCAGUGAUCCCCAAUUGUCGUGAGGGCAAAGACAGCAGAGCAUGGCUCAGGGACAGACUGACAGUGAGACAGUGAUAGAGAUGGAGAGAGGAAUGUGAUGAGGACACUCCCUGCACUUCAGCAGCUUCAUUGAGGUCCAUAGGCUGUUCUCAGUCUCUCAACUACGUUAUAAUAAACAUUGCCUUUCAUCCACUCAAGCUGACAGUCUGUAUGUCCUUUGGUGUGAUUUUGGCCUGGAAAAUAAGGCCACUGACCAGAUGAGUGCAACAGUGCGACUGCAGGAAGGCUCAGCUAUUAUGCAGCAAUCAUUAGGCCAUGAUCUUGCAGUACUGAGGUGAGAUUAGCACAAUGGGAACCCAUGCACAUGAGCUUAGCAACUCAGCAGGUUGCUGCAAGGCAGAGCUGCCAGUUAGACAUGCAGCUCAGAACUCAUGUAACCACCAAUCAGGGCUUUAUAUAUGGGGGAAACAAAGAUGUGCCAUUUUAAAGAAACAGCUCAAGAGUUGCGAAGAAUGAGUUCUCUUUCAGAAGAAUUGAUUCUUUUAGAGAUGUACAGUUGCCAUGUAAAGCAUACAUAUGUCCGAAGCAAUAAAUUCAUGCCUGAUAUGCUUUUUGACUGAUAUGAUUUUGUUUACUGGUAUAAAACAUGGGCUGUGUUCAUGCUAGGUGUUUUUUUGUCCUCAACCUUUUUACAUGUUCUAUUAUGAUAAGUGGAUGAUUUUAGCAAGUGCUACCAGCAGUGCAUUUGUUUGUUAGAGCCUCCUCUUCUUUAUAGUUAGACUAAACACAGACAAAUACAUCUGACCUUUACUAAAAGGAAUACAUCUCAUCCUGAUGAGUGGCUGCGAUAACUAAAAGUUAGCGUUAUAAUUGAAAACAAAGCACAACACAGUGCAGCUGGCAAUCAUUCCCAAUAAGAGUUGAUUCUCCGAUUCCAGGCAUUUGGAAAUCAAGACUCCAAAGCUUUAGACUUGAUUCCACACAGUGACACUCAGGUAUUCCCGGAGUGUAAGAUAUCCUGCUGACACUGCAGACAGCCUGUCUGAAAAGUACAUCUUUCCACAACACAAAUUAAUGGAUAUAAGUGGAAAAGAAAGUUAAGAAGUGGCUCACAGUCAAUAUGUAUGUACAUCUAUGGUAAGAAUGAACGCCUCACAGAAUUAUUGCACUUUGUUGGUCAUACUGCACUGCUUAUGCACAGCAGCAGCCAUGCACACACAAGAGACAGAGUGCCUCUUCUUUCAAGCAAUGUGCCUCUAGAAUUAUGUGGAAAAAAAACUGUAAAAACACUGUAGAAAUGUUUAGCUAUGUGGGCCAUAAUCAAGACAUCAUUGUUUAUCUAAUGCACCAGCGUUGGUUCACACGUGAGCUGUCCCAGUAAUUUUGAGGGAAUUGUGCUAGGGUCUCAUGAAUGCAAAUUGCUCUGUCAAUAUGACAAUAUUUACCAUUAUUAUGAUGAAUCACACCACAACAUGCUUUACUGAGUAUCUUGAGGGCAUCAUCAGUAGUUAAAGAGCACUUCUCUACUGCAUGUUUUAUUACAAAGAAAGAAUAAUUAGUCUGUUUACCUGGAUUUAGUGCAGCAUCGUUGUAUUCAAAGAUUUUGACAGUGUAUUAAAACUGGGGCAUUACUGGUAUUUUGAGGAAAACUAAAUGUCAUGAUACAUAAUGUGUAAUGUAAAAAUGUCUUAACUUUUUAAAAUCCCAGGCUUAUUUUGUACUAAAGCUUAUUAUUCAGUAAUUACAGGGGCCUCAAUGCAAACUGGAUGAGCUAUUCUUGAGUUAUAGAGGUGUGUAGUAAAACUUUAGACUCACUUGGCCAUUUAAGUGGUUAAAAUGUUGUGAUAUUAUGUUUUUUGCCAUGCGGUCCACACCUAGUUUACACAACCCCACUCGUCUAAUUACUGAAAAAUUUCUGUGCAAAAUUGCACGUGCAAAUGUGGCUUUACAUCAUUUUUGACAUGUGGAAUAAACUCUUGUAAUUGACUAUAUUGAUUCCCAUCUCUUGGAAUUGGCACAAAAUAGCACAGAACGCGCUCCAGCACUUUUCCAAUUCAAACAAUUCCUAGUGUGAACACAGCCUUUCCUGUCAACAUGUAUUAUUAGUUAAAUAAUCUGAAAUAUUCAUACUGCAGCCUGCUGCUAGCUUUUAUUGAAAGAUACGUGGCCUUCAGGAAUAAAAGUAGGGCUACAAGGACCUUGUGAUUCACUUGAGCUCAUUUCACAGCACCAAACCUUCAAGCUGACAGAUCUUCUAAAACCGGAAAUGCUACAGUGCUCAUUUUCUGAGGCUGCAGUGGACUGAGAGGUUUUCUUUUUUCCCCCUCUUCAUUGGGCUCAUGGCUGCUCUCCACAGGAUCAUGGCAGAGAUACUGUGCGCACGAAGCUUUGCAGCAUAUUUUCCUAAUGGAACAGCCGCUGCAGACCACUGCUGCUGUGGAAGAGGAAGGAUUCCCCCGAUUACUCCUGGGAUUAAAAACACACAUGCACGCUCGCAUGCACACAAGCAAGAGCGGAGUUCCUAGAGCAGAGAGGAUGAAUGGAUAGAUGGAUGGAUGGAUGGAUGGAUGGAUGGAUGGAUGGAUGGACGCUGAAUCUGUUCUGUGGUCCUGUGUGCUGACAACAUCUGGCCUACAUCUGUUUGUGAAGGAUUUUGCUUCACUGAAGAUGCUUUUUCCAUUCAAUAUAUCCAUACUUGGCUCUAGUUUGAGUGAUCACCAGCGCUAACUGCAAUUCUACAUUCUAGCUGAUACCUUCACCUGCAGCUCAUUAAAGGCUGCACCUCAAUCCCCAGCUAAAGGCUUGGUCUCUUAAAAAUAAAGGUGCCUAAAAGGGUACAUAAAAGAAACACUCACCUGAAGAAGCUGUCAAUGGAUGGUUCUUGAAAGAGUCAUUUCUGAAAGAGACCAUUUUUUUAUAAAUUGAAGAAUUUCUGCAUAAUGUGAAGGAUCUAUAUAAUGAUGAACAAAGAUAUCAAAAACAUAGUAUUAUCCAAUAAUUAUUUAAAGAUCUUCAUCGGACAGAUGUUUAGAUUUGCAGAUAUUUGAUGAUGCUCUUAUUGUACAUCAGAAGAACAGAAUGUCUAAGCAACGCUGGGCUACAGGGCUAAAAUAUCUGCUUUUUAUUUAUUUACUGUAUAAAUAAAUGUUUCAUUUCUCUGUAA